AUGUCCUUUUCGAGUAACCACUGGCCAUUUGAUGGCACUUCCUUCAACUUCUUGUCCCAGCAACCCAUCAAUCCACCCACUCCACGCUACCUUCCAUACCCGCCGCCACACCACUCGUCCUCUGCUUCGGCCCCGUACCCUCGGCUGCCUUUACCGAACUUCACACAGGCAAGACUUCACUCGACGGCCGCCCAACCCCGACCACAGCAGCACUCGACUCCGUCCGCUUCAUUGCACGCCGCAUUGAGGGAAGGUACCGACUUUCUACCACGACCUUCCAUUGUCCCACGACUACCGCCGCUUUCUCGUGUCAACUCUGCUUCCAACCAGCAAUCCAGCUUUGGCUACAUCCCCAACCACUUCUUCUAUUCACCACCUCAAUCGCCUCUAGAUUCUGAUCCGCCACACCAUACCACCGCCACAAAUUCCAUACGCCAACCUGCCGCUUCCUUGUCUGUCCACCCCUUCGCAGGUCCAUCCUUCACAAACCACUCUGUCGGUCCGUCUAUUGCCAACCCGCUUGCACAUCCACAAUCUAUCGAUCAUCCGACCCCACGAUUCGAUACGGAGCAUAUGGCUGGUGCUUUCAGGAGUGAACAGUCGCAAUCACGUUACCAGAACCCUGCCCAUCCACAGCACGUGAAAGAGGAAAGCCCAAACACAAUGCCUGCUUCAACAUCUACGGCCGCCACUUCUCGCAAGCGUGCCCGUCCCUCUGACCCGGGGUCGCCGCCAUCCGCGACUAAGCGUCGCCUGAAUCAUCCCCCUGCUCCGAUAGAGCUGGACGAUACAGAUGAAGAUGUAAUCGAAGAGCUGGAGUAA